CGAGGGCCUCUGCUAUUUGUACCGCCCACGGCCCCCUAGCUUCGCCCCUUUACGCCCGCAAAGACAGUCUUUCAGGCCCGAGAGGCGUGCGCAGGCGGGGGCGGGAGCAGGCUGGUUGCGCGCGCAGAAGGCUAUUGUACGGGGGAGUUCAAGAUGGCAGCGACCAUGUUCCGGGCUUCGCUGCGGGGCUGGAGAGUCGGCAUCCAGCCGGGCUGCGGGCUACGGCAGCAGAGCCAGACCAAGGGACCUCCCAGUUACCCCAGCUUCGUGGAGUCUGUGGAUGAAUACCAGUUUGUGGAGCGCCUAUUACCCCCCACCAGCAUCCCAAAGCCCCCAAAGCAUGAACAUUAUCCUACUCCUAGUGGCUGGCAGCCCCCCAGAGACCCUGCACCCAACCUGCCCUACUUUGUGCGGCGCUCUCGGAUGCACAACAUCCCUGUCUAUAAGGACAUCACACAUGGCAAUCGUCAGAUGACUGUAAUCCGGAAGGUGGAGGGAGAUAUUUGGGCCCUACAGAAGGAUGUGGAAGAUUUUCUGAGCCCACUGCUGGGGAAGACACCUAUCACCCAGGUCAAUGAGGUGACAGGUACCCUGCGGGUCAAGGGCUACUUUGACCAACAACUGAAAGCCUGGCUCCUAGAGAAGGGCUUCUGAGACCUAGCUAAACAAGCCUGCGUGACAGCAUCCCCCGCAGACUGGGGUCCAGGGGAUCUCAGGAGGAGGGGGGUGGGUGUUGGAGCAACUAGGAUUGGGGUACAGAGACCAGGGCUAAGGGCUGGGAUAGGGUAGCCUGAGGGCUGAAGGGCCUCAAAGCUUGCUUGCGCAAAGGGGGACACAGUACCGUCUGCACAGGUGCCAGCACUGGGGGAGGGCUACCUGACACUGAGACCCGCUAGGAACAGCCGAGCUAGUGGGGGCAUUAGUUGCUGUCCCACACCACCGCCCCUGACUUUGGUCUGUUCCUGAUUUUUUUUUUUUUUUUUUUUUUUAUGCUCACCAGAGGGCAUGCUUACUGAUUUGAGAGGGGGAGGGAGGGAGAGGAAAAAACAUCAGCUGAUUGCCUCUUGCGUGCAUUCCAACCAGGGACUGAGUCCACAACCUAGGUAUGUGCCCUGACCCGGAAUUGAACCCACAACCUUUGUUUACUGGACAAAGCUCCAACUGAGCCACACUGGCUGGGUCUGUUCAUGCUCUUUAUUGGAGCUCAUUAGGUGGAGCUAUUCAAAUUCUAUAGGUUGUUGACUACCCCUCUGGAGGGAGCAAUAGCCCAACCAAGGUUAAGGGAGGGUAGCACAGGACAGACCCACUGGGCCCCUUCCUUCCUUGGCCCUCGGGACUCGAGACUCGCUGCUGCAGAUGUUCUCAAGCCCUUGCUCUGAGCCAGACCUGGCUUGUUGGAGGCUGCAGAGAAUGCAGAUGACCAACAUAGGUCUGGGAGUCUUCCGUCCCAAGUGCAGUGCUGGGCACAAGGGUACAGUAUGCCCGUGUUAGCCCCUGGACUCGUUCUGUCUGUGCUGGGGUAGAAGGCUCCAUUCCAGACCGGAGGGGAGCCUCCUUAGGUUUCCAGCUGCAGAAAUCUCAGUGAUUAGCUAUACUUGGUCUGCCCACAAGGGGGUGCUUGGGAGCUCCAAGCUGUCAGGCUCCGGUUCAUGCUUUGCGGCUGGCUGACCAGCAGCAAGGCUGCACAGGGGGUUUGCGGGCAGGAAGACGCUGGCCUUUGCUCCUACCAUCCCAUCCCACCCCCAGUCAAUGAGCCUCACACUUGUCAUGCCACAAGGGCCAAAACCCUGAGUUGCCACCCCUACCUCCGCAUCAGACUGGCUGACAAGGUUCAGAGCUUGGUUCUCCUACAUGGUCUCUAACCUUUUUUGGGGCUCGGUUUCUUUGUACGUAAUAUGGGUGUACGUUCCUAAUAGUUUAAUUACAAUGUGCCCACGGACAGUGCUGGCUUGUGUAAAUAAACCCUCACUCCUGGAGAUUCCAGGCCCCUCAAGGUGCAGCCUGAGUAAGAACAAGGAGCCCGGCUCACUGGUCCUGACACCACCUUUACCAAUUGUUAAUGCAAGUUUUUAUUUGGCUGUAUAUACAAUUCAAGCUAUUAAAAUUUGUACAAUAUUUACACAUUAAAUAA